AUGACGGCCGGCUCUUCUUCGCGCAAUGCCGGCGGCGUCUUUGGCAUGUUUGGCGCCGCAGCGCAACAUCUGAGCGUCCAGGAUGCGAGCAAUGCUCAUGCCUCCAGCUCCAGCGACUCGAUCUGGAACGAGCCUGGCCGCUCCAUGGAUCUCGUCUUCAUCAUGGACGCAACAGGCUCGAUGGGAAGCUACAUCAACUCCGCGACCAAGAACAUCGAGACCAUCUGCGAGAAUAUCAUCCAUUCCGAGCAGCUCAGCGGCCCAGGAGCACUGCGCAUUGGUCUCAUCGCCUACCGCGACCAUCCGCCCCAGGAUCAUUCGUACAUUGUCAAGAACUUUGGCUUCCACACCGAGGUCGAGAAGGUCAAAGAGAAUCUCAAGACCCUCUACGCUUCCGGAGGCGGAGACGGCCCCGAGGCCGUCACAGCCGCCAUGAAGGCUGCGCUGGACUUAGACUGGCGGCCCAACGCCACCAAGCUCGCCGUCUUGAUCGCCGACGCCCCACCACACGGUAUCGGCGAGUACGGCGACGGCUUCCACGACGGCUCGCCCGACGGCGAGGACCCGCUGCGGCUGGCUCGACAAUACGCCAAAGCGGGCAUCCCGCUCUUCAUGAUUGCGUGCGAGCCUGCGCUUUCCGGCUACCAGCAUGCUGCUGACUUCUACCAGGGCCUGGUCCAGAUCACGGGCGCGAUGCUGGUGCCGCUCACGACGGCCAGUCUGCUGAGCCACGUGAUUCUCGGCAUUGCGGGCGAAGCGAUGGACCUCGAGCGGCUGCACCGCGAGAUCGGCGAUGCCAUCGCCGAACGCAUCCAGUCGCUGAGCCUCGAGGGCAACCAGAGCAACCCGAUGGACGACGUGGCGCGCGAGCUGCACGAGCGCCUCCUGCUGCGCAACCAGAGCACCAAGCAGCUCCACAUCGAGAGCAUCUACCGCGACACGGAAGAGUCGCGCCACAACAUCCAGGUAUGGGCCACCGCAUCGGACCUCGCCGCGGCCAAACCCAACAUCAAGCGCGUCGCCGGCUCGCGCCUCAGCGACAAGUAUCUGCAGACGCGCCGGGCCACGUCGUCGUACAAGCCGUACGUGCCGUUCCCCAAGCCGGCCGGUGGCAGCCCCACCGUGUUUGGCGGCUCGGCGUCGACGUCUUCGGCGGCCAACUCGGGCUCGCGCAAGGUGGUGAGCGAGUUCAGCGCGUUCAGCGCAAGUCCAGGCAUGAGCUUCCAGCACACGGGUUCGCCGCCCUCGGCCAACGCGUCUACAUUCUCGGGCACAUCGCCGCGCCUGCAGAACGGCGGAUUCGGAUACAAGGGCCCCGACGGCUUUGCGUACCGCGGCCGGGACGCGGCCAUGGAGGACGACGACGACGAUGAUGAUGCGCUGCGUGUCGAUGCUGGCGGGACGGACGAGGCGACCGACUCCAAGUCGCUGCCGGUGGCCGUGAGCGACGAGGGCGUCAUCCACGUGCAGGGCGAAGACGGCCAGACACUCGCCUACCGCCAGGGCGCCAUCUCGCUCGACCAGGUCAAGCGGCUCGCCAUGCAGUCGGCGUAUCGUGGCGGCCUGGCUUCCGACGCGUAG